UUCAUUGAUAACAUCACAAGUGCGACAGAUCUACCGCAACCAUUUGCAGUUUAAUAGUUUCAUAAUGAUCCUGAAGAUUAUAGUGCUAUUUGGCAUACUGGCAGUAGUUACGGCCAGACGAUCAUAUCAAGGCUAUAAGGUUUAUGAAGUCCAUCAGAACACCCGCGAGCAAGCCGAUUUCCUACAUGAAAUGGAGCAGUCCAACGAAAACCUAGAUUUCUGGCAUCUUGCUAAACAGCUAAAUGGAAAGGCACAAGUGCUAGUUCCACCAACAGAGCAGCGAUCGUUUGUUGCUGAUUUGAUGAGGCAAGGCUUUCAGUUCAGUGUGAUGAUACCUGAUAUUGAGAAUACCAUCGAUGACUACUCGGUACCCCCUGCAUCACGUAAGCCUGUUCCAGUCAGCAAACAAAUUUUGCACAAUUAUUUGCGUUACCUCGACAUCAACGAGUACAUCGACGAGCUGGCUACGAAGUUCCCAGCCAGUGUUAGCGUGAAUCAAAUUGGAACAUCAUACGAAGGUCGGCCGCUGAAAACAAUUACCAUCAAUGGCAACCGUAAUAAUUCAUCUGUCAUUUUUAUGGAUGCUGGAAUCCACGCUCGAGAGUGGAUAGCCCCGGCUACCGCCCUGUAUGUGAUCAAUCAACUUGUUGAGCAUGCCCACGAGAACACGGAUAUUCUGUCGAACCUGACCUGGGUCAUCUUACCGGUUGUGAAUCCGGAUGGCUACGAAUACAGCCACGAAAUGGAACGUUUCUGGCGUAAGACACGAAAACCAGCCGGAAAAUGCGUCGGAACGGACGCUAACCGAAACUUCGACUUCCACUGGGGUGAAAUAGGUGCUUCGAGUUCGGCUUGUUCGGACACGUACAGAGGAGAUGCACCAUUUUCGGAACCCGAAUCGCAAGCCAUCCGGAAUGCACUUACCAAACUGAAAGGUCAGUGCAAAUUCUAUCUAUCGCUGCAUUCCUAUGGGAACUAUCUGCUUUAUCCGUGGGGAUAUACAAGCGAUCUGCCCGAUACAUGGCAAGACAUCGAUGAAGUGGCUCAAACUGGUGCCGCAGCAAUCAAACGAGCCACCGGAGCCGAAUACACGGUGGGCAGUUCGACCAAUGUUCUGUACGCAGCUUCGGGUGGCAGUGAUGACUGGGCUUUUGCGGAGGCCGAUGUUCCAAUUGCGAUCGUGAUGGAACUACCAGGCGGUGGCUUUGGGGGCUUUAAUCCACCGGCAUCGGCUAUCGAGAAGAGCGUCAAAGAAAGCUGGCUCGGCAUCAAGGCGAUGGCACUGAAAGUGGCCCAAAAAUAUUGAAUAAAAUAUGGUAUGCGGAAAUUAGACACGAUUAAACCAUGUUAGUGAAGGUUCAAAAACUAGGAGAUCUAAUAUAAUUUUAUCUAUCAUCAUUCCCAAUCGAAGCUAAAUUAUUUUGUGUAAAUGAAUAUAUGAAAUAAAAAAUCUUACAUUCUCGUACCAUUAAUGAGUUGUCUUUUCUCAACUAUUACGAUAUCAAAAAUGUGCUUAAAAUUCAUAACCUUCGGGGUAUUCGGUUUCGUGCGCAUGAUAUAUUUCAAGUAUACAUGCAAACGAACUGUUGC